AAUGAGUUGUUAGUUGACUGUUCGUGUAAGAAUUUUUCUCCCCUCCUUAAGAAAUGGGACCACUUCGUUGAAGAAUGGAAGAGUAUCUCUACAAACAAACGAAGUCAAAGUAGAAAGCUAAAGCUUCUUCGUUUUUGCUUUCUUCUUCCAUUUUUUGCUCGAAGAUGCAUAAAUGAAUAAGGAAAUUUUAUUUCAUCAAUUAAUUAAUUUCAUUCAAGGCUUUCUAGCUUCAUUGGUUGAACUAAGUAUGGUGCUGCUGAUCAAUGAAGAUAAGCACUUCAGGAUUUAUUGAUCCAGAACUCUAACGUGGGAAAUAUGCUUGUAAAAUAUUCAAAGCGUAAAAGUCCUUCCAAGAAACAAUAUCCAACUGUUAUAGAAGAGCGAUGCCAUCAAUUUUCUCUGGAUGAUCUUAAGAAAUCUACUAAUAACUUUGACGAACAUCUAAGAAUAGGGUUAACAGAAUUCAGUAUAGCUUACAAAGGUUAUCUCAAACAUAAUGGUGAAACUGAUUAUCCAAUAGCAGUGAAACGGAUGAUACAUAUAUUUAAUGAAUGGAAGUUCAAGAAGGAAAUUGAACUCAACUGCCAGCUUCAUCACCCAAAUUUGACGUCUUUUAUAGGAUUCUGUGACCACAAGUAUGAGAAAAUUCUUGUGUAUGAGUACAUGUCCAAUGGCUCUCUCUAUGAUCACCUACUUUUGAGGGAUAUGGAAUCAUUGUCAUGGAAGAAAAGGCUAGAAAUAUGCAUUGGAGCUGCAAAAGGACUACACUACCUUCACACUGGAGCAAAGCGCGCAAUUUUUCACUGUGACAUAAAGCCUCAAACCAUUCUUUUAGAUAAGAAUAUGGUACCAAAACUCUCGCAUCUUGGAUUUUCCUUACAAGGGAAGCUUCCUAACUCUAAGCCAAAACCAGUUGAAGUCAACAUGCUUAAUGAUAAAUCUGACGUUUACUCCUUUGGUAUGGUUCUACUUCAAGUAGCAUGCACAAAUUACAAGAAUACCAUCUUCGAUAAGAUGAUCAUGUUAGAUGACACAUAUUGGUUUUCAGAAAAGUCAUUUAAUCCAGCUAACUUUUUGGAGAGGUUCCCAGCUAAUGAGAUUAUUGAUCCCAUUCUCAUGAGAUUGAUUGCGCCGCAAUGUUUGGAAGUGUUCAUGGAUAUCAUGAAAAGAUGCUUGAAUAUAGAACCAAAUGAAAGACCAGCUAUGGGUGAGGUUGAGGUCGAACUUGAGCAUGCUCUGGAACUGCAGGAGGAAGCAGAUUGUGGAAAAAGUAAUGAUGAUUUUUACCUUUUUCCAAGCACCAGUUCUACCUAAUUAACCACGGUAAGCUCCCAUUUGGGCUGAGAAUAAAUUUUAUGGAUGUUGUGCUUCCUUUUUGGCUUGCUGCUAAAUACAAUUCUUGGAAGGAAAAAAGGAAAGAAAAAGAAAAUGCAUACUCUCCCUACGUUACAUUCUUGUUACGACAAGAAUUUCAAUUUUGAUUCGACAAUGGUAUAGUGUCAAAGAGAAGAUUAAGAGUUCUAGUAGUGACUAUCAAAAGCUAGAUCAAUGAAGGAAAAAAUGUCAUCGACAAUAUGUGAGCGUCGACAAGAUGAAGGAGGAGUUAGAUGGUGUCGGAUGGAUGGUUCAGGAUCAAGACGAAACACACAAGGUCAAGAACGACAAAUGCAAUGCAAGACUGAUAUAUCUUGGUUGGAAAGUUAUUUUUCACCCCAUGAGGAAUGAUCCUAAACUGUUAUUUUUUUUCUCUUUAUUUUUUAUUUUGUUCAUAGCAAUUAUAAAUUGGCUAAAUUUUCGGUUUCUUAAUUUUUUUUAUAAAGAAAAAUUUAGAUAUUGGAUAUGGAACAUUUUUGUAUAAUUUUGAAUUUAAGUCCAAGUCAGAACAUGUGUAAAUUAAAGGUCCAUGCCUUGCUUCUAUUUCCAUAA